AUGCCUAAAAGAAAACAACAUAUUGGAAAAAAUUCUUUACUAAAUAAAAGACAGAAAAAACUCAAGAAAACACAUCAAGUUGAAGAUGAUAUAAUAGAAGAAACAAAAAAAUCAUCAUCAAAUCAGAAACAAAUGAGUCAACGUACAGAAAGAAGAAAGUCCAAAAUGAAAAAAAAUUUAGAAAUGAAAGCAUUUAAUUAUGAUUGUAGUGACGUAUUUAAUAACGAUCAUCGUAUUUCUAUUGGUCUUAUGGAUAUUGAAUGUAAGUUUUGCAAAGCGUUAAAAUUUCAAGAUGAAUCUGAUAACAUGUGUUGUGGAAAGGGGAAGGUAAAUUUGCCUGAUUUGACUAUUCCCGAAGAGCCAUUAUCAACGUAUCUAUCUGGAACAACAAUUGAAUCAAAACAUUUUCUAAGUAAUAUUAGAAAAUAUAAUUCGUGUUUCAACAUGACUUCAUUUGGUGCGAACAGAAAGAAAGAGUCGGGUUUUCAAACUACAUUCAAAAUUCAAGGACAAAUUUAUCACAGAAUAGGAUCUCUUCUUCCAUAUGAUUGUGAAUCAUCAUUUUUACAAAUAUAUUUUAUUGGUAAUGAUGAUAUACAAUCACAACGUAGAUGUUCGAUCGUUCCCAAUGUGCAACACGAAAUAGUUCAAUCUUUACAAAAUUUUCUAAAUGAACACAACGCAUUAAUAAAACUUUUCAAAACAUCAUUAGACAAUAUGCCGAGUGACGAAUGCCAAAUUGUACUUCGUGCCAACAAAAUACCUUCAAGUGAACAAGAAAGACGUUUUAAUUUACCAGUUGUAAAUGAAGUAGCUGCUAUAAUUAAUGGGAAUGAAUUUUCAAAACGCGAUAUUGUGUUACAAAAACGUAGUAAUGAGUAUGUAACAGUCCAAGUGUAA